GAGCCUCGAGCCUCGAGCCUCGAGCCUCAACUGUUCCUAAACGUCAUUUACUUUACAGUCCUACACAGUACACACUUAUCAACAACAACUGCAAAAAGUUCCUUUUCCCGACUUUGGCAAUGCAAUAUUCGGGUGUGAACUGAACCGAAAUGGGUAAAAAAAUCUCAAUCUCAGUUCCCAAACUCUAAACAUACGAACACGCGAAACUGAAACUCAUCGAUCCCUCUCUCUUCGCUUGUGUACGCGAAGAAGUAGUGAGAAAUGUUGACGAUGACUUCACUGAAUGCAGUGACGAUCCCUUCGCCUCCAAACCCAACCGCAGCGCUCCGCAAACCUCUUAGACCUCGACCCGUUUGUUGUUUGAGGAAAAACAGGGGCGGCAAUGGCUUAUAUAAUAAAGGGUCACCACGUGUGGACCUUUUUAGGUCAGCAGGUCUUGAUAAUAUGGAGAUUCAUCAGUCAUCAAAUGGGGAACUGGAAGUGAAACGGAAUAACAUUGGGAAGCUUUUUAGAGAAGCUCAGCAGAACAUAUUGUACUUGAACAAACAACGUCUCGUGGCAGUGGAGGAGCUGAACAAAGCAAAUAGAGAGAAGCAACUGUUGCUUGAUAGGAUAGAGCGAUUAGAAGUAGAAAAGCAAGCUGGUGUGGGAAAAGUGGAGGAGCUGGACAAAGCGAAUAGAGAGAAGCAACUGUUGCUUGAUAGGAUAGAGCGACUAGAAGUAGAAAAGCAAGCUGGUGUAGGAAAAGAUAAGCUAUCACUUUGUUGGGAGUUGCUGCUUCGGAUAGACUCAAUGGUCCUCAGUGGCAUGAUUAGCGCUGGCGAAGCAUCUGAUUUCAGAAGGCUGAUCAUGGAUCACAAGGUUAUAGUUGCUGAUGCUUUUAAUGAAAUCCUGCAGAAGAAAGAUGCUGAGCUUCUAGCAGAACUCCUCCAAUUCUCAGAUAGAAGCAAAAAGAGUGGCUUUCACGUUAUCCAUAUUUGUACUGAAAUGUCACCGCUGGUCUCUGUUGGAUCUUUGGCAUCUUAUGUGACAGGCUUAUCUUGUGCACUACAAAGAAAGGGCCACUUGGUGGAGGUUAUACUGCCAAAGUAUGCAAUUAUGGACCUAGAUGAAGUUCAAGGGCUGCAAGAAAUUAAGGCGGGGUUUUAUUCAUAUUUUAAUGGUCAACAGCAUGGAAACAGAAUUUGGACUGGUGUUGUCAAUGGCAUUGGAGUCUCUUUUAUUGAACCUUUGUACUACUCGUCAUUUUUCAGCCGUGAGAAGGUAUAUGGCUACUCAGACGACUUUGAACGAUUUACGUAUUUCUCUCGUGCUUCAUUGGACUAUAUAGUAAAAUCUGGAAAGCAGCCCGAUGUGCUACACAUACACAACUGGGAGACUGCUAUUGUUGGGCCACUUUUCUGGGAUAUAUAUGUUAACCAGGGACUUGGAGGUACUAGAAUAUUAUUGACAUGCCACGACUUUGAUUCACAGUGUCUUGAGCAACCGGAUAAGCUUUCACUAUGUGGACUUGAUCCUCCUAGACUUCACCGUCCAGAUCGUUUGCAAGAUAACACUAAGACACAUCUUGUCAAUAUUUUGAAGGGCGGAAUUGUUUACUCUAAUCAGGUUGUGAUGGUGUCAUCCAUGAACUCAAAAGGCAGAAUCAUUAGUAGUUUCAGUCAUGAAUUAAAACCUACCUUAAGCAUCCACCAGGACAAGUUGGUUAUUGCUCCCUAUGGAUUUGACAAGUCCACCUGGGAUCCUUCUAAGGACAACUUUCUUCCAGAAAAUUAUAGUGCAGAGGAUAUGAAAGGGAAAACUGUUUGCAAAGUUGCAUUACAGCAACACCUGGCGUUAUCUGGCAGUGCUUCUUCUAUUCUUGUCGGAUGCUUCUUCGCAGAACUAUCAGAAAUUGAUAUGGAGAACUUGAAGGCAGUUGUUCAGAAUGCAACCAGGAGAGGCGUCCAGGUUAUUUUAGUGGAAAUCAGCAAAAAUUCAAUCACAAAUAAGAAACUGGAAUCUUUUCAAGAACUCCUCAAGGAUCAAAAUGUGAGAUUUAUAAACAGACUUGGUGAAGCUAUAUCACAUUUAGUCUUUGCAGGAUCUGACAUUAUCUUGUGCCAAUCUUUUCAUGAACCUGAUCUCCAAGUGCCACUCAAGGCUUUAAAAUAUGGAGCCGCGCCAAUUGCAAUAACCUCCACUGAUGAUAUUUCCAGGAACUUUGUAGAUUAUGACUACGAGAGGACUAAAUUCUCCCAGUUCAUCAGCUCUAACUUUGGAAAAAUGUCCUUAAGCCAAGCCCUAGAUGAAAUUGAGAACAAUCCAUCCAGAUGGAAUCGAAAAAUAUUGGCUGCAAUGGCAAUGGACUUCUCCUGGGAUGCAGAGUGCUGUGAUGUGCAUGUUUCUGCCUACACUGCCAUCAAAAAAUUGUGAAGCAGGACCUUAUGUAUGUAUAUAUGUACAUAUUUAAUUUGUAUAUGAAUUGAGCAUAUUACAAAUAAGGAAUUGAACAGAAUAAUCCCUUUUUUUUU